CGUCGACGCAAGCUCCAAGGCAGCAAAGCAUGUUUUUUGGCGGACAAGGCGGCAACAACCCGUUCGGGGUCAACUUUGGCUUUGGCCACAACUUCCCGCAGCGCUUUGACGAGCACUACCGCGUGUACCCCGUGUCGUUCUGCGACAAGGCGCACUUGGAAGACGGCGACAAGAUUCUCUUGCCACCGUCCGCGCUCGAGACGCUGGCGCGCUUGCACAUCGAGUACCCGAUGCUCUUCAAGAUCAAGAACGAAGCGGUCAACCGUGUGUCGCACUGCGGCGUCCUCGAGUUUAGCGCGCCCGAGGGCAGCUGCUACAUGCCGUACUGGAUGAUGCAAAACAUGUUUUUGACCGAAGGCAGCAUCCUCAACAUCCAGAACGUCACGCUGCCCAAGGCGACAUUCGUCAAGAUUCGCCCACAGUCCAAGGACUUUCUCGACAUUACCAACACCCGCGCCGUCCUCGAGGCGUCGCUGCGCAAGUACUCGUGCAUGACGGUCGGCGACACGAUUUGUAUCCAGUACAACAACCGCAACUACCUCCUCGACGUCCGCGAGGUGCGCCCCGUCGAAGCCGCGAGUAUCAUUGAGACCGACUGCGAAGUCGACUUUGAAGCGCCCGCCGACUAUGUCCCACCGCCGGCCCCCGUGGCCGCGGCGGCGCCCGCCCCCGUCUCCAACCAGCCGUUUGGCGGUGUGCCCACAAUGAAGCGCGAAGCAUUUGCUGCCGCCCGCCCGGCCUCGCGCGGCUCUGGCCUCGGCGGUCUCCGCAUGAAGAAGGCGACCGACCAAAACACAGACGCCGACGCACUUCGCGCGGCGCGCCUGAAGCGCUACGAGGCGUUCCACGGCACUGGCGUCUCGCUCACGGGCGCAACUUCGACGUACGCUGCUGCACCGCCGACGACGGCGCCGACGAGCGCUCCAAAACCCGAGGAGGCAGCGCCCAAGCCAGCGCCCAAGCCGUUCGAAGGCCAAGGCAACCGGCUUCGAUAAGUCAUAUGCGCGAAUCCACACCUUUGGUUGACACCGCA